GCAGUCCCAUUCAUAACAACGCCUUACUGACUAAAACCCGUGAUAAGGAAAUACCAUUUCUCUUACAUCACGCGUAUCGGAAGUAAGCAUUGCCGCACUCCACUCCCCUCAUCCAUUGAUGGUCGAGCAGACCCGCGCCCUAGAUCCUUCCUGCACUGCCCCCGCGCGUUCUCUGUGGCCCAUCGCUGUCGUUCACCGUUCCCGCUGUGAAUCGUCGCCGCCUUUUGUCGCCGCUCGUCUUCGGCUGCGCGGCGGCCCGCGUCAGGCCUCGCCCUCUUCCUCCCGCGCCCUCGUCCCUGCGCGCCUGCCGUCUUAGCCGCUCGCCCACCAGCGGGUCGGCCUGUCGCCGCGCUCGAGGCUCCUGGCGCCCCACCCGCGCGCCGAACCCUAACGCCCACCCGCCACCUCCCGCUCAUUCGCGCCCGCGCACCUCCCCAUGUCCGCGGCGGCGGGCAGCAGCGGCGGGGGCGGCGAGGCGGCGUCGCUGUGGUCGUACCUGCUGUGCGUGCGACACACGCUGCACGCCGCGCUCUGCCUGCAGGAGUUCCCGUGCCAAGAUGUGGAGCGCUACUCCAAGCCAGAAGUCGAGUUCAGGACAAGUCCCGAGCUGCUCCUCAAUCCGGUGGUGAUUUGCCGCAACGAGUCUGAGAGGUGCCUCAUCGAGGGGUCUAUCAACUCAGUGCGCGUGAGCAUCAAGGUGAAGCACGCGGACGAGAUGGAGAACCUGCUGGGCGCCAAGUACCUGUCCUUCCUCUCCAUGCGCGCCGAGUCCUUCCUCGUGCUGCGCAGAAAACCACUGCCGGGCUACGACCUGUCGUUUCUGAUAACGGCGGAGCACUGCCAGUCCUUGCACAAGCACCGCCUCGUCGACUUCGUCGUGCGUUUCCUGCAGGACAUGCACCGCGACAUGGGCGAGCUGAAGGAAGCCAUCAACGCCAGUGGCCGCGUCGUCGCGGCAGACUUCUUCAAGCAGUUCCUCUGAUCGCACGCCUCCUCCCGCAUGCCGCCAUGUGCUCAUACCGUAUGAAAGACACGCCAAGACCAAAGGCUAGUUGGGUCCAACUUAGAAAUGGUGCCUUCGUGAAUCUGUUGAGGUGAAUGUGUGAUUUGACUUGACCCUGCUGCGAUGUGAAGUGCAAUCGAGUUGAAAGAACAUUUCACCAUCA